ACCAAAACCGUCCAAAAGAAUCUCGACAUCCUCUCCUCUCCUACCACCACCACCACCACCACCAACAACAAAAAGUCCCAUAGUUGACCCAGCCUGCGCAAUGGCUUCACUUCCGAUCCUUCGUCUCGCCGCUCGCCCUGCUGCGUCCACCCUGUGCAGACCUUGCACCCGAACCAUCAGGAGAGCUCCGCUCGUAGCUCAAUCCCUUUCCGCGAAAUCAUCCUUCAGCUCGUCAGCUGUUCAAAGAAGCUCAGGUCACGAAGAAGAGACAUUCGAGGAGUUCUCUGCAAGAUAUGAGAAAGAGUUUGAUUCCGUGCAGGAUGUUUUUGAGCUUCAGCGAAACUUGAACAACGCAUUCGCCUACGAUCUCGUCCCUUCGCCCGGUGUGGUCACAGCUGCAUUGAAGGCCGCUCGACGUGUCAAUGACUUUCCUACCGCCGUCAGAAUAUUCGAAGGUAUCAAGGCCAAGGUCGAAAACACCCAACAGUACGAGGAAUAUCUGGAAGAGCUGAAACCACUGCGUGAGGAGCUCGGCGUCAACUUGAAAGAGGACCUGUACCCUGGCAAGAGCGACAGCCCUUAUACCUCUUCAUAAGCCAGCAGACCCGGCGGCAUGGAGAGGAAGCAAAAAAGCGAGAAUGCUCUCAUGGUGUAUAACAACAAAUGAGAGGAACUCCAUCCACCACGGUUUCUAGGGGUCAGAAUGGUCGUAUCAUCUGUUUUGUUUUGCGCAGCACUGGAUGGUGGAAGAACAGGAAGAAGAAGAGUUAGCAGUACAUACAUACCUUGCAGACUGCCAAACCGGGGGUUUCCUCUCUCUCGCGAUCAGACUACCUACGCUGUAGUGAAGAAAUGUACAGUUUUAAAGAGGUUUCUUUUGGGCAGUGCCUUUUUGUUGUUGUUCCUGUCCGACCCAUUGUCUGGAUUACUCUGAUGUUUGCAC